AUCGCUUUCGCCGUCGCAGUCACUUGCAGCAUAACACGCCUACACACUUUGCAUAAUUUGCACACCUUGCAUCCUUGAACCUUCAAACAUAUCUGUAAACCUCUCUAACCUACGCCAACCAUGAAGAUCGUAUCAGAGGAAGAGCUCCAAGGACACACCUCCGCCACCAUCCGCGGUGCUACCGAAGGCUUCGUCGGCAGCGUUGCCCUCGCCGUUCCAGGAUUCUACUACCUGAGCCGCAGAUGGGCGUACUACCGCGCCCUCCCGCUCCCUCUCAAAGUCCUUCCCGUCGUCAUGGUCAUCGCACCAUGCAUAUCCAUCCAAGCCGAGCGGCGCGGUCUCGCAUACGACCGAGCUCAAUGGACGGGCGCGGGUAAGAUGGAACUGGACAAGGAGGCUGCUGAGGCUGAAGCACGGUGGAAUGCCCUUUCCACGAAAGAAAAGGUCAAAUCAUGGGCGAUCCAGCACCAAUACAGCAUUAUCCUCGGAAGCUGGGCUCUUUCCAUCGCAGCCGCCGGUGGGAUCAUUGCACGAGACAAGCACCAGUCAUUACCUCAAAAGGUUGUGCAGGCACGUAUGUGGGCUCAGGGUCUCACCAUCGGUGUCCUAAUCGCCGCUGGUGCUCUUACGCACACCAAACGCCAAGACGCCGUACGACACCUCCCCGUUGACCACUCAUGGCAGAGUCUCCUCGAGCAACAAGCUAUAGAGGAAGAAGAAAGGAAAACGCGUCUUAACGCACUACGACAGCCCACUCAAGCUUCUUCCAUAUGGACGUCACCUAUUGCAUAGAAGAAGGGCGCUUUAGAAUACCGGAAGGAUGCACUACAUCCUAGAUUUGCACGCAAUAUUCCAUUCAUUUAUAUACACUAGACACAUGCCUAGAGCGUAGAACGCACUCCUUCCUUGAUUGGGUUUUUUUAUUUCGGUUGGCAGGCUCAACGAAUUGUAUUGUAUCAUCACCAUAAUCGAGACAAUCAUGACCUUGGCCUUG